AUGUCUAGCCGCGGUGGAGGAAACCAUCCCAAAAAUCGCCGGAGUCGAUCAUCUCCUGCACAUUCUCAAAAAUCACCCGUCAAUGCUGUAGGAUCAGGCCGUGGUGGUGGUGGUCGUGGCUCUUGCGGUGGAUGUAUCGCCGGUUCUUCUUCCUCCAGACAUCCACCUCCAUCGUCAUAUGCUUCGCCAUCGGUCACCCCUACUCCUACUCCUCCAUCUGUUGCAGCUCCGAUGAAAGAAAAAGUAUGUGGUAUUUACUUCAGUGAUUUUACUUCUAAUGAACUAGAAGCCGCUGAAGGACUUCUUUUGUUGCAAACACAAACACAAGUGAGGGAGAAUGAGAGGAAAUUGAAAAUAACUUUUAAUGGCAAAGCGAUUUGUGAAAGAAACAUCAUCAACAAUGUUCAUCCAAUGUUACAAAACAACAAUGUUCAUGCAAUGUUAGAUAACAACAUUCCUAAUAUUGUCAUGGAAAACGAAUACAAUCCUCCAGAUAUACCGAAUAUUCACGGUGUACCGAACAAUAGGAUUCUGGUAUGUUGCAAACCAUUUGAGAAAAAACUAACAUCGAGUGAUUUAAACGCAUAUCAAAAUAGAUUACUUUUGAAGAAAGAUCACGUUGAAACAUAUUUUCUACCUUCGUUGAAAAGAGAUGAAGAAGUUAACAAAGGAAUAAAUGUCGUUGUAUUUGACAUGCAAGGAAAAACAUUUAACACGAUGUUCAAAUUCUGGAGUAAUAAAUAUUAUGUCUUCAAUGGAGUUGGGUGGCAGAAAUUCUUCAAAGAACAUAAUUUGAAAGCGGAUCAAGAUUUUAUUACGGUGUGGAUGUUUCGUCAUUCUGAAAUCAAUAACUUAUGCUUUGCUCUUAGUAUAAGAAGAGUGGAAGCUUAA